AUGGAUGAUUUUUCUGCCAACCUCCUGAGCUUAAGAAUUUUCAUUUCUUGCAUAGGACUAAGUGGUAAUAUAUUUCUCAUACUUUCCAUCAUUCAGACUAAGAUCUCCAGAGUGAAGUCCUUUGAGUUGUUUCUUCUGGGACUGGCUACAGCCAACUUGGAGGAAAUUCUCAUCGUGAACAUCUAUGACAUUAUCAUCCUUGAGGCGUCCUCCGCCACCACCGGAACUUGGUUGUGUCGCUCACUCAAGUUCCUGACUGUGCUCGGUGAAAUCACCAGCAUCCUCUUCACCGUCCUGAUCAGCAUCUUCCGCUACCAGAAGCUGAGAGAUGCAAGUAAGAGGGUCAACCUCCCAAUCUGUAUGGACAGCGCCAGGUCAGCCUGGAUGGUGAGCGGGUUUUGUGUGAUGCUCUCCUCGCUCCUCAGUUUCCCCGUUUUUGUCAUAAAUCAAGAACCUGCAGUCAACACCACAGGGAACAAAAGCAGAUGCCCUCCAGACUUCUUUCAGUGUAGUGAUAAUUACUGUCCAACAUUCAACCGCUUCUAUAAAUACGUGUUCAUCGUGAUGUGCAACCUGGUGCCCCUGGCCAUCGUUACAGUCACCAGCUGUCUUAUCAUCAUGGUGCUGCUGAGCCAGAGGAAGACGGUGACACCAGUGGUAAGUGUGAGCAGGUCAAACCACUUCAGCAAGAAGAGUAAAGGUCCGAGGCUUCAGCGGAGCACGAUAGCUAUACUGGCUGCCAUGGGAUUGUUCCAGGUAGACUGGACUCUCUACCUGAUCUUUCAGCUGACCUUCAGCCCCACUGACUUUCCUUUUUGGGCUGAAAUGGAGUUCUUUAUCUCAACUUCCUAUACAUCCAUCAGUCCAUAUGUGUACGGGAUAGGGAAUAACCUGUUCUCUCUCAAGAACCUGAUGAAGAGGUAA